CGCGGAUGUAAGGGGAAUUUCUUUUUUCGCUCCACGGGUAAGCACCAAAUUCAGGUCUGAGAACGUGUUGCCAGAUGCGGUAGUUGACAAAUCCAGCGACAGGAACAGACCACUUUGAAGCUCAAAAAAUUUAACACCUCCAGCGUCAAUACCUGAUAAGAGUGGCCUAACCUUCGUGCUAACGCCAAAUAUUCAUACGAACUAACCGUUCUAGUUCCAGUAGACUGCCUGUUCAACGAUCCAUACGUUCCCCAACGCCAAUUUAGUGUGGAACACUAACCUUCGUGACCACGGACCCCAAGUAACGAAAAAGAGUCGUUAUCAGCUUCACCUGAAACAACCACACGGGCGACAUACGGGUGAUUAUCGAUUUCACUUCGUGCUUGUACUAGAUCUCCUACUUUUUCAUUACAACGUUCCAUAUAUGACUUCUGAGUACUUGCAAUUUUCGUCCAUCCCCUCCGGCGCCCAUAAAGGCAAGCAUCACAUAAUCAUUGUGGGUGCUGGGAUAAUUGGAGUAUGCACAGCGUACUACCUAACCCGGCAUCCAGCGUUUGACCCCGCAACGCAUCACAUCACAAUCAUUGAGAGCAAGAGAGUCGCAGGUGGGGCCUCCGGAAAGGCUGGGGGCUUGCUAGCCCUUUGGGCAUUUCCGCAGCAGAUCGUGCCUAUGUCCUUCCAGUUGCAUCAAGAACUAAGCUCUGAGUAUAACGGCGAGGAAGAGUGGGCUUACAGACGUUUGACGACCGUUAGCAUCGAGGGCAACAUAGAGAAGGAGUUGAAGGACAACGAUUCACUCGACGACUCAGACGCUUCGAGCAUAUUGAGCAGUCACAAGCUGGAAGAUGAGAUGGCCGCAAAUGGCCACACCUCCGAUGCCACCACCGUUGCCAGCAACGAAAACAUAGACAGUGUUGACCCUUACGGCUGCAAGGAUGCCACGAAACCAACCGACCGGCCAUCCAAGAUCAAGGUGGUGCAGAAGAAUUCAAUCAAAAAUGAACACUUCUCGCUCACCCAUGGCGAGUUGCCAAACAACCUCAAGUGGAUCAAGCCGGGGAUCAUCCGCGACUGGUCCUACCUUGGUGACAUGGAUUCCACCGCGCAGGUACAUCCGUACAAAUUCACCAACUUUAUCUUGAAGAAAGCCAUGGAGGUGGGUGGUGUGGAGUUAGUGCUCGGGAAGGUGAAUGAGAUCUUGUAUGAUGAAGAAACCGGCGCCACCAACGGUGUCUCGUAUGACGUUUCGUCUGUGAAAACGCAGGCGAAGGAGACGACCGUGCCAAUAGAACUCCAUGGCAACCAGAUAGUGUUAUCAGUUGGCCCAUGGACCUCCAAAAUCCUCCCUGACUGCCCGAUUUCCGGUUUGAGAGCUCAUUCUAUCACCAUUGCUCCCGAUCGGGGCCAGGUCUCGCCCUACGCAAUCUUCACCGAAUUAGCGAUUGGCCAGGAUCAGUACAUCUCACCCGAGAUCUACGCCCGCAAGGACGAGGUGUACGUGUGUGGUGAAGGCGACACCUUGGUGGACGUGCCGGAGACGACUGACGACGUGGAGGUGGUCAAGGAGAAGUGUGACAUUUUGUUUGAGUAUGUGGGGACCCUUUCCCCAAACUUGCAAAAUGGCAGAAUCUUGAAGAGACAGGCGUGUUACUUACCGGUGUUGGAUGUUCCGUCAUCCUCCGGCCCGUUGAUUGGUGAGACAAACGUUGAAAAUUUGUUCUUGGCGUCUGGUCAUUCGUGCUGGGGCAUCAACAACGCUCCGGGAACGGGUAAGAUCAUGGCGGAGUUAUUGUUGGACGGCGUGGUGGAGUGUGCCGAUAUUUCGGCCUUGGACCCGUCUCUCUUUUUUGAUGCCAGUGUGCUUAACUUUACUGCAUGAAGGUCACCCUAACAUCCAUGGAACCCCCUUAUGACUCAUGACCCCUGCCUAUCUUCCGCGGGCCGAAGCUGACCACCAGAUACCUGCUUGAGACGGAUACUGCACUAAAGCCAAUCUUGCCCCAUGGAGCGCUGUAAUUCCAGCUGAAAUCUACAAACUGAAAAUAAAAAUAUAAUUUCAUUCUAUUGCCUUCGGUAAGUCCUCAUCCCCAUGUAAUAUGGUGACUGAAGGCCAUAUUCCUCUGAUAAGUAUCGUUUUACUCCACUCGGAUGUUUUUUUUUUUUUUUUUUUUUUUU